CACGUCCAUCUGGCCGGCACAAGCUGCCAUGGCCGGGGACCACUGCAUGCCAAAAGGCAGGAGCCCAGGGCUGGGAGAGGGCAUGAGAAUGGGCCGCCUGGGUAUUAGGGGCACCCAGGUUUGAGACCCCUCUGUCACACACAUGACAUGUUCCAGUAACCACAGUACCAGCCCUCAGAGCCUCAGUUUCCCCUCUGUAAAGCAGGAAUACCAAAGCUUCAUUUCAUCAGCUCUGAGAUGCAGGUCUUGCCCACAUUCUGAUCCCUUUGGAAUCAGAGUACGUCUUUCUAGCUGAGGAAUCUGCAGAUUAUCUUUGGCAACAUGUUUUCUUUCUCAGUAGCAUGUACACGAAGGUUUGUCUUACAAUCGCCCGGGUCUUCGUGCCCACAAAGUGCAGGCACCUCCCUGGCAGGGUGGAGGAGCAGAUGGAAGGAGGUCCCAGGGCUGGGGCACAGGGCUUCCAGCAGGGUCUGGCUGAUCAAUGUGGGAAAAUAUUGCGGCCUUGUGUCUCAGAUUCUGAGAUAGCGCCCACUUCCGUUUCAAUGUGUCUGAACCGGCUGCAUUUUACAAUCGGUGCUUUUCCUAAGAACUUUUUAUUACACCGAUGGCGUCUGGUGGGGCCAGUGGCAUUUGGAUUUGAGCAACUGUGGCGUUGUUUUUAGGGUGCAGCCUCUCGUGCUGGGCUAAGCUUGGUUCUUCUGGUGGUUCAAUUUCACGGAGCAGGUUUGGGGCAAAGUAUUACCCCACCGUGCUGAAUGCACCCCACCCCAUGUUGGGCUUCCUUCCGCCUGUGUGUGUGGGGGGUGGGUCCCCGAGACUAAGAGGGACACCGUGCCACUGCUUGCAGUCCCUUUGGCCCCUGAGGAGACCCGGUGAGGGGAGGGAAUUUGCACUCAACCAGCACUCCCUGGGACCAUUGCCAGUGAGCAGGUGACCAGCCACCUGACAGCUGAGGAGGGACCAGAAGAACUCAAUUGGCCUGCUGUUCAGUGGGGCCAGCACACACACUCACCUGCUGCCUCAAGAGCAGGGGUCCCAGAGACCUCCUCUCCCACCCCCUCACGCCCAGAUGAGCUGGGAGUGACAGUGGGACUUGAACGUGGGGUUGCAGGGGUGGGGCAUGGUCCCUCCAAGAGGCUUGGGGGACUGAAUUGUGUCCCCAGAAGUCAUAUGUUGAAGCCGUAGUCCCUGAUGUGAUGGUGUUCAGAUCACCCUUUGAGGAGUGCUUAGGGUUUGAUGAGGUCAUGAGAUGGGGCGCCGUGACGGGAGUAGUGCUUUUAGAAGAGACACCGGAGAGCUCCCUCUGCCCCUCCCUGUGAGCUUGCCCGGAGGGGAGGCUGUGGGAGCAGGCAGCCAGACAGCGGCCGGCCAUCAGAGGGCCAGGAAGAGGGCCCUCGCCAGAAACCGACCGUGCCGGUGCCCUGAUCUCAGCUGUCCAGCCUCCAGAGCCGUGAGAAACUGGGCCGCUGCCGUCCGCGUCGCUGCCCUGGACUGUGCAGAAGAAAAGAACCACGAGGUGUGCCGAGCCUAUGACAUCCACUUCUACCCCACCUUCCGGUAUUUUAAGGCAUUUACAAAGGACUUCACAACUGGAGAAAAUUUUAAAGGGCCCGACCGAGAGCUGCAGACGGUGCGGCACACCAUGAUCGAUUUCCUGCAGAACCACACGGACAGACGCAGGCCUCCCGCCUGCCCGUCUUUGGACCCUAUUCGGCCCAGUGACGUUCUUUCCCUCAUUGAUAACCAUGAUGGGCGUUAUGUGGCGAUUUUGUUUGAAAGCAACAGCUCCUACGUUGGCCGUGAGGUGAUUUUGGACCUGAUUCCUUACGAGAACAUCGUGGUGAAGAGGGCGCUGAGUGCGGAUAAAGCCUUUCUCGACAAACUUGGUGUUCCUUCCGUCCCUUCCUGCUACUUGAUUUACCCAAACGGGUCGCACGGAUUAGCUAACGUCGCGAAGCCUCUCCGGUCAUUUUUUUCCUCUUAUUUGAAGUCGUUGCCAGAUGUGAGGAAAAAAUCACUUUCGUUGCCUGAAAAGCCAAGCGAGGAAGAAAAUUCUGAAAUUGUGGUUUGGAGAGAAUUUGACAGGUCGAAACUGUACACGGCAGACCUCGAGUCGGGGCUGCACUACCUGCUGCGAGUGGAGCUGGCCGCGCACAAGGCCCUGGCCGGGGCCGAGCUGAACACGCUCAAGGACUUCGUCACCGUCGCCGCCAAGCUGUUCCCCGGCCGGCCGCCCGUCAGAAGGCUGUUGGAGACACUGCAGGAAUGGCUGGCCAAUCUUCCCCUGGACAGGAUCCCCUACAAUGCCGUCCUCGACCUGGUCAACAACAAAAUGCGGAUUUCUGGAAUAUUUCUUACCAGUCACAUCAAGUGGGUUGGAUGUCAGGGGAGCCGACCAGAGUUGCGGGGUUACACGUGUUCACUCUGGAAGCUGUUCCACACGCUGACUGUGGAGGCUGCGGCCCACCCGGAGGCACUGGACGACACAGGUUUUGAAGGCGACCCCCAGGCAGUGCUGCAGACCAUCCGGAGGUACGUCCACACCUUCUUUGGCUGUAAGGAGUGUGGUGAGCAUUUUGAGGAAAUGGCUAAAGAAUCCAUGGAUUCCGUGAAAACACCCGACCAAGCAGUUCUCUGGCUUUGGAAGAAACACAACCAAGUGAACAAUCGCCUGGCAGGCCAUCUGAGUGAGGAUCCCAAGUUUCCUAAGGUUCCUUGGCCCACUCCGGACCUCUGCCCGGCCUGCCACGAGGAGAUUAAGGGCCUGGACAGCUGGAACGAAGGCCAGGUGCUCCUGUUCUUGAAGGGGCACUAUGGCAGCAGCAACCUGGUAGACACCUACUCCGCGGACCUGGGAGACGCCAGCGAAGGAGGCGCCCCCGCCGAGGGCCAGGAUGGGGAGAGGGGCCGCAAUCCCCCAGAGAAGCCUCGUGGAGCCCAAGGUGCCGAGAGUCUCCGUCCGCCCAGCGUGCUGCCUCCCAGACCUCGCCGGUUAGAGGGCUCGCACCGAGCGCUCAGCCUGAAACUCGAGAGUCUGAGAGGGGCCGUGGGCCGCAGGGAGGCGGGGGCGGCCGCACCCUUUCUCGGGAUGGGCUUCUCCAGCCUGGACAUGAGCCUCUGCGUCGUGCUCUACGUGGCCUCGUCCCUGUUUCUGAUGGUGAUGUACUUUUUCUUCCGAGUGCGGUCCAAGCGGUGGAAAGUCAGGCAUCGCCACCCGUCCGUGUAGAGCUGGCAAGACCACAGAAGCGCCUCCGGGAAACAGCCCCCACCCUGCCGCCCGUGGCUUUACUCCUCAAGGCCAGGGGUUCUAUAAACAUGGUGGACCUGGCUGGGUCACAGCAUGUGGCACCUUCAGCUUCAAGUCCUCCUUUUACAAACACUCUCCCCGCACGGGGCGAGCCGGUGUGUGUGCUGGGGCUGUUGCAUUCCUGGUGCACCCAGUGGACGCUUUUCACAGAUCUUAUAGCAGAAAGACUUCUAUAUUUUUAUUCUUCUAGGUUUAAAAGCAGGAGUGGGGAGUCCAGGCCAAAUGAACAGAAUUCUUUCCCACCCGCUUUCAUCUCGAGUUUACUAGACUGCACGUCUUGCGUUGCAAGGCCUUGUUCUGGGAUUUGGAGAAGAACCAAGCCCUUCCCCCCGGGAGGCCACUGGGCGAUUCACACGGCUGCAGACCCAGCGCAGGGCUGGAGCAGAAACCGGAGCAGACGCCACUGCCCCCGCCCCCUCCCCCCCCCCCCCAGCUGCUCCUCCAGCCAGUCUGGUCCUCAGUGGGUCGCGUGUGCUGCUCGGCUGCUUGGUUGUUUCUGCUGAAGCUCGAGGCCGUCGGAGCUGAGCAGGGGAGGCACUCGGGGUCCCCGUGCCUUGCAGGCCUCUCUCUCCAGACGCGGAGGUAGAGUGUGAAGGGGAAGGAGGAGCCGAUGCAUUUGUGGCUUUGCUGCAUUUCGAGAAUAACUCCAGAGGCCUUGUGGAGUAGACGUGGUGCUUGGAAGGGACGGGCAGUGGCACCCUUUGUUUGUAGGUCUGGUGACAAGAGAGAGAAGUGAACAAGGGCCACCGCCAUCUUCCUGUCCUCAGAGGCCUGCUGUGCACCUGAGAUCGGAGCUCAUCCUGCGAGGGGUGGAGGGUGGUCUCUUCUUUUGGAGGCGGAGUCCCCAGGGGGCUCUCUACAGGACCCCUUCGUCCAGCACCUGCAGGUCCUGACCUCUAGUGGAACAGAGUGAAGAACCAGGGCUCUGAGCCGGUAAAGCCUGGAGGGGUGCCCGGUGGUCUCACUGGCGCCUUUAAGGCCAAACUUCAUUUGCCUAAAGCUGUUUUACGGAGGCUCCUGGCACAGGGCCCCGGACCUCCAGGCUUUGGUGAUGAAGUUUUUACCAUUUAAUGAUUUCAACACAUUAUUUCUAAAACCCAAAACAUUCAGAGGUACGUUUGCCUCUGAAGAUGUAAGCAAAACAAAACAAGGGGUGCCUGGGACCCUUUCCGUGAGCUCCUUCACGGCCGUCGUUUGUCGCACAGGCUCAGGUGUGCAUGUGUCGCGUGUGUCACUGUGAUGGUUGUAAGUGGUCUCUUCCGCUUUGCCCAUCUUACACUUGUGUGUUUACUAACCGAGUUGAUCAUGUGGGGUAUUUCUAAGACCACUGUGAUAUUAUUGCAGCUGGGGAAACGCACAGCUGAUCUCCUGAACAGCUGGCACCGGCACCUUCUUGGGGAGCAGGUGGGAGCCUGCUGGGCGGCGUGGUCUGCGGCCUCCAGCCAGGAAACCACCCCAGCUGCUGCCUCACUGCUCUGCCCCAAGAGGGGACGUUUCUUCCUGUUUGACACUUUUUUUAACUCCCAGGAGCCUCUGUGUUUUAAAACCCAUGAGCCUGUCCUCAUAGCUAGCUGCAGGCCUAGGUUAUUGAAGACACGAUAUCGUUUCCUUUCAACUUGAAAACUGAGCAGAUUUACACACAGAAUCCAAAGGGAAAUACGGAGAACCGUUAACUAAACUGCUGUCUGCUUUGCAUCAAAUGUCUUUUCUCCCCUAAAGUAAGUUUCUCUCAGUGGUGUGAACCGGACGGUGUGUCGGACGCCAUUGUGAGUGGUGACCCUUCCCGGGCCCCUGGGGAAGGCAGUGUCGGCUUGCAGGGUUCCUCGCGGUGCUGCCAAGGGAGGGUCACCACUGUUUGAGGGACCAGUUUACCCCUCCGGAGGGGCAGGCUUCUCAGCAGACCACGAGCCGUCAGGGAGGGGUGUGCCAAGGUGGCCGCAGGAGGUGUGUCUCAUGUGCAGGUGUGAGCAGUUUUGCACACCUCCCGUGGCCUGCUCAGGAGUGGACUCUCCCUUUAGGCGAGGUUUAAGAUCUGUUUUCUAAAGUUGUAAGUAGUGAGACUAAUGAAUAAAUAGUUCGGUAAUUUAAAUGUGUAUUUAUUUUUAACGGAAGGAUUUUGAUUAAAAAGAAGCUAAUUGACAUGGUAACGUCAGUGAAAUUUCUUACCUGCAAGGAAAGUGAACAUUUUGUAUUUAAGUAAACUAUAAUGUACACAUUUUAAAAAUAAAGAAAUCUGACAUUUGAAAAAA